AUGUCUGUUGAUCCCAAAGUGUUUUCACAACCCGAAGACUUCAACCCAGAUAGGUUUUUAAAUAACAUUCCCCAAUUCUCUUUUGUGCCAUUUAGUGCAGGACCAAGGAAUUGCAUAGGUUUCCGGUAUGCCUGGGUGGCGAUGAAAACAACACUUUCAAAUAUUUUGCGGAAUUACGAAAUAUUACCUGGUGAACCGGGAACAGAGCCACAAUUUAAAUACAGAAUUGUUACCGAGUCUAAAAACGGUGUAAAAUUGAGGUUAAAAAAAAGGGAACACUAA